UAUUCAGAAAUCCAAGGGUGACUGUCUCCAGAGAUAUUUUGACUUGUGUCUGGUAGAAAUCAGUGGUGCAUACUGCUUUUAUCAUCAGGGUGGAUACGCAAUCUGAUGCACAUUUCAGUGUCGGAAAGAAGGUUAAAUUAGCAACGGUGAUAGGGUUUUCUGAUUUGUUCUCGUGCUAUUGGUGUGGAUCGUGUGUCAAUAUUUAAUCUUCGAAAUUUUUGCUUAGUUGGCACUGUGUGCACUUAUCUCCUUGGAUGUAUUAAUUUUUUGUGAAGGGAGUUAUGGAUCAGUUUAGCUAAUAUAUUGUUUUUUGUUUUUAUGUAGGAAUCCCAAGAAGAUGAACACAGAUUUUUCCGGUUAUACCAAUUCAGUCAACUCUGACCUUCCUUCAAAUGGGGAAACAGAACAACUGGAGAAUUCUGCGUUAUGUGUGACAAAGCAAAUUGAAAUUGACGAAAAUUGCCAGUCACACUCCAGUCUAGAGGUCAAUGUGUCCCAACCAGAAACAGAAGGUAGUGCAUCUAACGGCGAUCAGAACACAGAAUCAAUAAACGGAGACAAGACGCAAGGAAGUGUUGAUGAGGAAAAGGAUGAGGGGGAGACGGAAGAAUGGCUUGAUAUUUUAGGCAGCGGACAGCUUAAGAAGAAAAUACUGAAACGUGCAGAAAGUAGUUACAGACCGCAGCGUUCACAUAUAUGUGAAAUUAAUUUAGAAGGUCGUUUACCAGAUGGCACUAUUGUUGAUAAGCAUGAUCAUCUUAGUAUCCAAAUUGGCGAUGCAGAGGUAGUUCAGGGCUUGGAUCUUGCCUUACCGCUUAUGGAUGUGGGAGAAGUUGCCCUUUUAGAAAUCGGGCCACGGUUUGCAUAUGGCGCUCUUGGCCGAGAGCCCGAUGUGCCACGUGACGCGACAGUUGUGUACACUGUGGAGCUACUUAGUGCCGAUCCGGAACCCGACGUAGAAGUGCUGCCAGCUACAAAGCGGAAAGAAAUUGGAUGUCGCAAGAGGGAGCGAGGCAACUGGUGGUAUUCCCGUCAAGAACACACACUCGCUAUCCAGUGCUAUCGGCGUGCCCUCGACUAUCUCGAUGACAUUGAGGGCGGGAUAACUUUGACGAGCGGUGAACGGGAAGGCAGCAACCAGGGCACGGAAGAGGAGCUGCAUGAUUUGCUGGAAGAUCGUCUGAAAGUGUACAAUAAUUUGGCAGCAGCGCAGAUGAAGAUCAAGGCACAUGAUACAGCAUUGCAGUCCGUGGAAAAUGUUCUGCGCUGCCAACCAAACAAUGUUAAAGCACUAUUUAGGAAAGGCAAGAUUCUCGCUGCAAAGGGGGAGAACCCCAGUGCAGUGGCAGCUCUGCGGUUGGCAAGCCAGUUGGAGCCUGAUAAUCGGAUGAUACGACAGGAGCUGCUGCGGAUAUUGAGAUUACACAAAGAGGACACGGUGCAUGAGAAGAAGUUGUACAAGAAGAUGCUUGGACAGGACAAACCGCCCGAUAGCUUACCCAAGAAUGACAAGGAUAUCAACCAGUUGUCACCAGCUGUUCUCCGUCUUCAGUUGCAGGUUCCAUGGGCUAUUCUGUUUGGAACAUUGGCGGUCUUGGUGGCAGGUGUGGUGGCCUAUCGAUACAAGUUUUUAUAGUGACGGCACCUGUUUUAGAGAAAUAUCAGGCGGACUCUCCGGUACGUGGCGUGGAGGCUGGAAGCAUGAUUGGUGUCGCAAAUCAAGGCUUCAUUCACAUUCCAUAAUCAACAGACCAUUUGUUGUGUUAACAUGGACAUCAGUCUGAUUCACACAUUUUUGUUAUUGUUUUCUUUAGGGAAUUUAUUUUUUGUUUGGUUUCAAAACAUGGCAGCCCCUGAAAAUAUUCAGUUUCAAUGUAAAAUUUAUAUGACCCCUUUCAGAGCUGCCUAACCUAUGUAAGCAAAUAAAGCUCUUGAUUUUUGUUGA